AUGGCGAGCACCACCAAGGUUGUGGUGAUGUUUGGCAUUCUUGUUUUCCUGCAGGUGUCAUGCGCUGCAGGGGGUGUCUACAACAUCCCAGCGGUGAUGUCGGUGAACGGAUUCCAGGAAGGAGAGGAGGGCGGGCCGGCGAGGUGCGACGGCCAGUACCACAGCGACGACCUCUUGCUGGUGUCGAUGACUUCCAAGUGGUACGGGCCCGGCCUCCGGUGCGGCAAGAUGAUCAGCAUCAAGAGCUCGGGUGGGAUCACCGUGCAGGCCAUGGUGGUGGACGAUUGCGAGAAUGGCUGCGGCGACAACGAGAUCAGCACAUCGGCUGCCGUGUGGAAGGCCAUGGGGCUCGACACCAGUAUCGGUGAGGUGUCUGUCAUCUGGUCGGACGUCUAA